AUGCACACCACUCCACUCACAAUGUCAGCUCGUUCCAUGCUAGGUGGUCAUAUGGGCUCAAUUGCCAUCCGCUCAAUUGCCAGCCGUGUCCCGAGCAUUGCUCCUCAGCAACCUUGCUACUUCUCAACCACGUCCGCGACCACAGCAAGCAAGCUUACUGUCCGCCCUCACGUCCGUGCUUCACCUUCUUUUCUCACUCACUCUGUUGGUCUGCGAACACAGUCGACUGCGGCUCCAACCAACGAAGAUGUUAAGCUCGACUGGAACUCGUUUUUCAAGCUCCGCACGUCCCGUCGUCGGUACUCUCUAGCCUCCUCGAUCAUUGGCACUGUCGGUGGUGUCAGUGCGGGUGUCCCUGUUCUUACAACUCUGGAUCUUGAGUCUCUGAGUAGCUCGGUUAUGGGUUUAGAUCCUUUCCUCGUCCUGGGUCUAGCAACCGCUGCCUGUGGUGCUGUGGGUUGGUUGAUUGGUCCUAUUGUCGGCAACGGUGUCUGGGGUCUUGUAAACCGAAAGUUCUUGCCCUCUGUUGCGGUGAAAGAAAAGGAAUUCUUCGAUCGCAUUCGGCGAUUCCGGGUCGACCCCUCUACAGCCUCUCUCUCAAACCCUAUCCCGGAUUACUACGGUGAGAAGAUUGGCAGUGUGGGUGAUUACCGACGCUGGCUAAAGGACCAGCGUGCAUAUAACCGCAAGCGCCGCAACUAUGCUCUCUAA